AUGUCUUCCAAUAGGGAUGCUCUCCAUUUCCCCGCGUUUGAACGAGCGCAAAUGGACGAUUACCUACCAUCCAAGACUUCCAUUGCAACUGCGGGAUUAAAUUCACGUCCCCAUAUAACACUUACAUAUGCUACCUCUAUGGACUCACAAAUUACUAUAAGUCCGGGGAUUGGCUCACCUAUCUCCGGCCCGGCCUCAAAGGCAAUGACCCAUUACCUGAGAUCUAGACAUGAUGCUAUAUUGAUUGGUGUUAACACUGCAAUUGCAGAUAACCCUAGCUUAAACUGCAGGCUAGAAGGGGUUGGGGGUUAUGGGGGAGGGGAUUCUCUAGAGGGGCAGCCAAGACCAAUUAUCGUCGACCCCAAAGGCCGAUGGAAUUUCGGAAAAAAUAAUAAGAUUUUCGAGUUGGUGAAGCAUGGCAAAGGAAAAGCCCCCUGGAUCAUCACUGCGGAGCGCGAAAAUAAAAUCUCAUUCGAGAAAAGAGAGUUCCUUAAUGCAGUAGGUGGGAAGUUCAUAUUCUUGUCACCGGACGAGGCAGGAAAGUUUUCAUGGGAUCGUAUCCUGCGAGCGCUGUGGGAGGAAGGUGUUGAGAGCAUGAUGAUUGAAGGGGGCGCUGAGAUCAUUAAUGGGGUGCUAGCUGAAGGUCGAGAACUGAUAGAUGGAGUUAUAGUCACAAUAGCGCCGGUUUGGCUUGGGAAAGGAGGAGUGGUCGUGAGUCCCGAGAGGGAGAACCAGGAAACGGAGGCAGUGAGACUAAAGGAAGUGAAGUGGGUCCCACUGGGACAGGACGUUGUUUGUUGCGGAAGGGCCCAAUAA